AUGCAACGUGCUCACGGAUUGCCAUUUGCUAAGGAUAUUGCUUUUGUGGAUAGUACUGCAUCCUGUGAUGCCAAUGGGCAUUCUGUAACAAUUAUGCUUACGGCUUGUGGGAUAGGAGCUGUACCAUUAGCUCUUAUGAUCACUAAAGGACAGUCAACUGAAGAUUACAUUGCUGCCUUUACACUAUUGAAAGAGUCUGUACCAUUCGCAUUUUCUUCCCAAGGAUAUCCCAAACAGUUUAUGACCGACGAUAGUGAAGCUGAAAGACAAGCUCUUAAGCAUGUUUGGCCAUCAUCAAAAUCGCUUCUAUGUCGUUUUCAUAUUUGUCAAUCGGUAUGGCGUUGGCUUUUUGAAAAAAAACAUGACAUUUUAAAGGAUGAUAGAAAAGCAUUAUACAAAGCAUUUCAAAAUUGUUUAGUAUCAUCAGAUAUAGAAGAAGCUGAAAAAUCAUUUAAAAUUAUGGCAGGAAUAUGUUCUAAUGAUGAAAAAACAGUAUUUAAUAAAUACCCACAAUGGAUAUCAUAUGUUACCAAUUAUUGGAAGCGAAAAGAAAUUUGGUGUCUUGCAUUCAGAGAUGCAUCAAUGCAUGGACACCAUACAAAUAACUUCAGUGAAGUAAAUGUUAGAAUUUUCAAAGAUAUUGUGCUAUCACGUAACAAGGCAUACAACGCUAUAGCUCUUGUCGAUUUUAUUUGUACAAGUAUGGAAGAGUAUUAUACAACACGCUUAAGAAACUUUGUCAAUGGAAGAUCUGAUAAAUCAAGACUGCUGUUUCAGGACCAGUUAAACCGUGCAGCACAUAUAACUAAAGAUUGGAUAGAGGCUAUGGAUGAUGAUUUAUACAAAGUACAACAAAAAAAUUCUCCUGAGUUUUAUGAAGUCAAUGUGACUGUUGGAUACUGUUCAUGUCCUGUGGGAAAAUAUGGUUCAUUUUGUAAACAUCAAGCUGCUGUUUACAAUUUAUACCACCAUAAAAUGCCAAGCUUACCACCUAUAUGUCAUGAAACACGAUGUUUGCUAGCUAAAUUAGCUUUUGGUAAUGAAGCACAAACAAAUGAAUUUUAUAUGCCUUUAAUUCCUAGUCCGACAGAAAGUCAUAAUCUGAUUCAAGAGUCUAAUACAAUUAAUACAAACAAUAGUAUGCACUGUGAUUUGCUUGAUGUUGAUGUAGAGAGAAAUAUUAUUGAAAAUCAGAUAAAAUACAAAGAAACUGAGGUAAUUGAAAAUGAAACAUUAACGGAAGAAUAUAAAGAACAAAUAGUAAGCCUAAUGACAGAUAAUUUUAAAAAAUUCCCAUCUCCAUCGAUACAUGUUCUUUCCAAAUGUGUCCAGAGGUUAAAAAAUGUAAAAUCUUUAACAGCAUGGGAAUCUUUUAUUGCAACAGCUGGAAGUUCAAUUUCAUUGAGACAUAGGAGCCGAGGUACAAUAACUGUUCAGCCAACUACAAUUAGCAGAAGAAGACCAGGUAUAACGAGGGGAAGUAAACGAUUGCCAGUUGGACGACCAAAAAAAGAAAUGAAAAAAAAAGUAUUAAAGAGAAAUAGAAACUUGCAACAAAAUGUAAACAAAAAUGUUCCAAAUUCAAAAUCGCAUGGAAGUAAUCACUAA